AUGCCAGAGGUGUCCAAAUUUCUCACCGUCGGCUUGAACAGCACUACAAGGCACCUAGAGACUCUAAUGGCAUCUGCCACAGGCAACAAGCAGAAACCGCCCUCUACGGUAGAGGAUCCGCCCGCAGAUGGUCCCGAUGCCCAGCACAUGGCAGUCAUCUUCCUGCCAAAGUCUCGCAAUGACCUGGUAUAUGCUCACCUCCCAUUGAUGUCUCGGACAGCGUCAACUUUACGUCCGGAACUUGCAGCGACGCGUCUAGUAUCGCUGAGUCCAGCAGCCGAGGUAAAAAUCGCCGCUGCAUUGGGCCUUCCGCGAGCAGGAGUUGUCGGCAUCCUGGAGGGCGCUUCUGGCUCAGAAUCACUCGUUGAUUAUGUGCGCCAGCAUGUGCGGCCGGUAGAAGUUCCCUGGAUAGAAGAGGCCACUAAAGGGGAAUAUCUUCCUCUCCAGACGCAAACGGAAACCUCCUAA